UUAUAGUCUCUUUAUUGAUACAAAAAGACUUAGAGGGCGCCUUUUGCUGUAAUAAACGUCAUGUUACUUUGCUAUAAUGUAGCGGUAGAACACCGUUUCUAGCAAAAAAUUUCAUUGACGGCUAAGUGUUUACAAAAGUUUAACAUUUCUGAUCAUCGGCAGAAAUGUCACUUCAUGUUAGUUUUUGUACAUUAAUGUGAAAAGCUUUAAUAUCAAAAUUCACGGAUACUGUCUUGAUAACGAAGCAGCAAGGGUGGAAAAAGAGUUAGUCCCCGUUAAAUCCAGUGGUUUGCCUAUAACUAUGCUAAUUGGUUGAAGCUGAGCAGUGUCUUGUAUUCUAGAGAUUGUCAUUGAAGAAGUAUUGCAAUACCUCAAUAAACAUGUCUGAUAAAGUACCUUUACAUUACACUUGCAUGAAAGAUCUGUUGCUGAAGGCUAAAAUUAAUUUCUAUCAUAAAAAGCCAACUGAUAUUUACAAAAGAUUGCCUGAUAUGUAUAAUAUGGCAGAAAAUGCUAAGCGACUUGGAGAUGAGGAGAAACAAUUCAUCAUGUUAAGGAGAUGGCUAGAUUGCAUAGAAUGGUUGAAAAGUACACAGGAAUAUAAAGACGACAAAGCGUCCACCUUAUCGAAUAUGCAUGUCAAUCAGAUCAAUGAAGUAAGAAAAAUACUUGCAGUCUUGAACCGAAGAUUAGAUGCAAGAUAUAAACAACAGACAAAGCCAAAAUUGGAGAAAAGUAACAGUGUGGAGGAAAUGGACAUAGACAAUGAAAUAGGAAUUGAUGCUUAUAUGUCUCCAGUUGAUGGACCUAUAAAAUUGCCUGAAACACCAACUAGAGAUCCAUUGGUUGAUGAUAAUGAAGAAAUUAUAAAUUGUGAUCAGCUGUUUCAGUUGAUGCAAAAAGAUGGUGAUGGUAGAUACUUGAUCAUUGAUAUUAGACUCAAGUCUCAAUAUGAGGCCUCAAGGAUAAUGUCUGAUAAAAUUGUUAACAUUCCGAAUACUGAAAUAAAAAUAGGUGCAUUAACAACGCAUUUUGAACAUUACCUCCAUAAAGAUAAGAAAGCUUUAUAUUUAUUUAGACACAGGGGAGCUCAGUAUGUGGAUGUCAUAAUUUUACUUGAUUGGAAUACGUCAAGCAAAACAUUAACACCAGAUAAUCAUUUAAAUAAAUUGAGAAAAAUUUUUGAAGAUUGGGAUCCUGGUAUAAAAUAUAAAAAAAUUACUAUCUUAAAUGGUGGCUAUGCAGAAUGGCUGACACGUUACCCAGCAUUCACAACAAAUCCUAAGAUAGCAGAGCCUACUUUGAACAGUGUUCCAGACGAGAUAUUAGAUAACAUAGACUAUCCUGAAUGGAUACAUCUGGAAGAGGAAGAGAAUUCUAAAUUACGUGAUCAUAAAACGACGAAUUUAAAGGUUGUAAAUAAAGAGAAAAGUACAUUAAAAGUCAAUGUUUCAAAUGAAGAAUUGUGGCAUAAGCAUAUAGAUUCAGAGAUAGGUGCUAACAUUUCUUUGCAGUCUAACAACUUGAUGAAUUCUUCUAUUGAUACUGACAAAAUACCUAAAGCUAGUACAAUUUUAAGGCAGUACGAUAAUAAUUCAUUAAAAGUACAACAUAGAAGGUCGUUAAAUAUUACAAAAAAGAAUGACCUAUCUGUGAAACCAACCGUAGAUAGAAGUAACAAACCAGUUUCUAUGAAUACAACUAUGAUUGAGUCAAAACCGGUGCUGAAAUUAAUGAGAGAGUUGAACGAACUUGCCAAGAGUAAGCAAGGUUUAGAAGAAGACAUUUUGGAAGAGGAACGUGCUUUAUACAUGCAAGAUGGCACCAAAUAUAAAAGUUCAAAUGAAGAAGAAUAUAUUCGUGGUAAUUUGAAGAAUCUCUACAUGAAGUUAGAAGAGAAGCAAAAUGAUUAUAAAAAAUUGGAAAAUGAACUUACUAAAUACCACAUGAAAGAAGAACCGAUUAAAUUAAAUGCGACAGAAGAAAAUGAAAAGGGUAACUUAGAGUUUAGUCUUGCUUUGUUAAAACACCGCAUCAAAGAUAUAUCUGCAGAAAGGACGAAAGUACGAGAGAAAGCUACGAAGAAUAAUUAUAAAGAUUUGUCCACAAAGGAAAAUGAAAGUACAAUUCACAAGGAACCCUUAAAAAUGAAUAAUAAUAAUUCAAUAGGUGGUAGUUUAGAACGAUCGUAUUCCAGUCCCAACUUAUUACAGUUGAUAGAUCGGAAAGCACCGCAAAUAGACAGGAGUUCAAAGCCGCAGGUAUCAUCGUACAAUCAAAAUGGAACUUAUACCGACAAUAAAACGUCUCAUUUAAAUUGGGCGAAUCGCGAAGAAAGAAUGACACCUGUUCAUGGAAGUGUUCAUCCAGGAAUUACAGGAUUAAAAAAUUUGGGCAAUUCGUGUUAUAUGAACAGUAUUAUACAGUGUUUAAGUAACACUACGCACCUAGCGAAAUAUUUUAUGGACAAUUUGUACACCGACGAUCUUAAUACAAGCAACGACAAUACCACUCAGGGUCAGGUUGUUCAAGAGGUAGCUCAAGUAAUUAAAGCACUUUGGAGAGGACAGUAUAAGAGUAUAUCUCCUCUUGAUCUUAAGAUCGUUGUGGGACAAUACAAACUACAAUUUGAAAGUUACGAGCAACAAGAUUCUCAUGAAUUUCUGACUUUCCUUUUGGAUUGGAUGCACAAUGAUCUAAAGAAGAGUUGUAAAGUACCAUCUGACUUGACGGUCGCUGAAAAAGCUUGGGACAAAGCUAUGGAAUCCCAAAAAUCCAUUAUAUCUGAUUUGUUCUUUGGACAGCUAAGAUCCACUAUUACGUGUAGCUUUUGUAAACAAAGUAGUACUACAUAUGAAACUUUUAAUAGCUUGACUAUGUCAUUACCUCAUGCCAACCGGUGUACAUUAAAUGACUGUAUUUUGAAGUUUGUAAGUGGUCAGAAGGUAAUUGGUUGGAAAUGCCCAAAAUGUCAGACGUCUCGAGAAGCAACGAAGAAAUUUGAUUUCGUUAAGUUAGCACCUAUUAUAGUGAUACAUUUAAAUCGUUUCGCUGAAAGCGGUGGAUGGCUUGAAAAGAGAAAUACCGGAGUCGAUUUCCCUCUCACAGGUUUUAAUUUGAAACCAUACGUGGUACUGGACAGUAAUACCAUUCCAAAUAUUCGUAAUUACAGUUAUAGUUUAUAUGCAAUGUCGAAUCAUUACGGAACCAUGGAAGGUGGUCAUUAUACGGCUUUCUGUAAGAAUGCCGCUCAAAACAAAUGGUACAAAUACGAUGACCAAACAGUCACAGAAGUUACAGUAAAUCACGUAAAAUCUCAGAAUACCAGUGCCUACCUUUUAUUUUAUACAUCAUUUUCGAGCAAUAUUAUUUAGUAUUAAUUGAAAGAAUCAUUAAAUACGGCUGACACGCAAAAUCAUUACUUAAAUAGUCAUUAAUGGUCUGUAACAAUGUAGAUAUUAAAUAUUUUUUGUAUGUAUAAAAUAUGUUAUGAGACGUACGUAUAAGACUACGACGGUAUUGAAGACUUUAUUGGUGCUGGGAUAUACGCUAAUAAUAUGUAAAUAAAUAAACAUUAGGCCGGAAUUGUAUUUCGGUACUUUAUUGAAAAUAUAUAUUGCACGGUAGAUGAGAGAUUACUUCAACAAAUGCAUUGCAAAAAUAUAUCUAGCCCACACUGCAUUCUGCAAGGUAUGUUAAUAAUGUAUUUUAGUAACAAUUUCCAUUCUGUAUCUUUAUACGUUGUGAUAUCAUAUUUGUUUAUUUUCUAUGCGUUCUUGCAUACAAACGUAAUAAACUUUAUCUAACGUAACUUCUUUAUCAACAACUUGUACAUCACUGUUUUUGCUGAUUCGUAUGUUAUACAAUCGUAAGUUGUAAUCUUUCAAGUUAUCUCAAGGAAAAGCACACUGAUAUUUUAUGUUACUAUUUUACAACUCUGCAACUUAUAUUGUGAACGAAUGAAACACAACGACAUAUUAUAUAUACAUAAUAUAAACAAGAUUAUUUCAAUAAAAAAUAUUAAUGUUUUUGAAAAACAUUUAAGUGAUCAUAUUCUUUAUAAUACGAUAAUUUGAUAAAUUUUGAACAAGAAUUUAUAUAAAGAUAAAAAUGUUGUGUUCAGAUAGUGUUAGUGUUUGCGAGAUUAUUGUUAAAAAUUGUACAACAUUAUUUGGACUCGAAUGCCUUUAUAAAGUGCCAUCACUAGUCUGCUUAUUUUGUACAUGAAAUAAAAAUUUUCAAACUUGUAAAGUCA